CAGAGAUAGACAAGUACAUGCUGGUGCGGCCAUUUCGUUUGUUCGAAUAAGUUUGACUACAAAGUAGAUUGCUGCAAUGCUUUUGCUGACCAGAGGGCAAACCUCCACAAAGCCAAGAUGCGACAGAAGACAACCUGCCUUUCCAGCUAAAGUAGAAUCUCUUCAAUAAGACCUUGGCCAUUUUGGGCGCCACAGGUGCGACAGGACAAUGUCUGCUCCGUCAAGCCAUGGAGGCCGGCCACCAGAUCGUCGCCGUGGUCAGGGAUCCCGACAAGUUACGUGACAUUGACCAGAACGUCGACGACUUCAAUUUGAAGGUUGUAAAGGGUGACAUAUAUUCUUCGGAGAGUCUUCAGCCAAUCUUCGAAGGUUGCGAUGCCGUCCUGUCGUGUUUGGGUGCUCAAACUUUAUUCUCCACUGUCACUCUCUACUCCGAAUCCUGCAAAACCAUUGUGGCUGCCAUGAGACUAGCCAAAGUGAAGAGAUUCGUCUUUAUAUCAUCCUGGUAUACGAAAGUCGAUCCAGACGACGACCCCGGUUUCGUUGCUCGAUGGAUGAUCCGUCCAAUGCUGAAAAAGAUUUUGACUGAUAUGCUCACCAUGGAAACCUACAUCGAGAAAGAAUGCCAAGACAUUGACUACACAUCCGUGAGACCAGCGCAACUAAGUAACAAAAAGAGUAAAGGUCAAGCAUUUGUGGUAGAGGAGCGACAGUUCGUGGAUGCAGGCACAUCCAUCCCAAGAGCCGAUGUCGCAAGAUUCAUGUUGCAAGAUUCAUGUUGCAGUGCGUCGAUGACGAGAAGCACUACAAGAAACUACUUGCAAUAG